CCUUGGGGCUCCGUGUCCUGUGGGCUGUUAGCUUGGCUGCCGGAGCUUCAUCCUGGAACAUGGCGGCUGCGGCGGCCAAGGUUUGGUGUCGCGGGCUCGUGGGAGCCGCAGCUUUGGCCAGGGGGGCUGGGCGACCUUCGGUGCUACCCUCGGUGCUACUGCAGCGGGUGAGGAGGGAGAGCGCGGCGGCCGACACACGCCCCACUGUCAGACCACAGAAUGUUGUGGCUCACAAGCAGCUCUCAGCUUUUGGAGAGUAUUUGGCUGAAAUCCUGCCCAAGUAUAUCCAACAAGUUCAGGUGACCUGCUUCAAUGAGUUAGAGAUCUGUAUCCAUCCUGAUGGAGUCAUCCCAGUGCUGACUUUCCUCAGGGAUCAUACCAAUGCACAAUUCAAAUCCUUGGCUGACUUGACAGCAGUGGACAUUCCAACUCGGCAGAACCGUUUUGAGAUUGUCUACAACCUGCUGUCUUUGCGCUUCAACUCCCGAAUUCGUGUGAAGACCUAUACAGAUGAGCUGACGCCCAUUGAAUCCUCGGUCUCUGUGUUCAAGGCAGCCAACUGGUAUGAGAGGGAGAUAUGGGACAUGUUUGGAGUCUUCUUUGUUAACCACCCUGAUCUAAGAAGGAUCUUAACAGAUUAUGGCUUCGAGGGACAUCCUUUCCGGAAAGACUUCCCACUAUCUGGCUAUGUCGAGUUACGCUAUGACGAUGAGGUAAAGCGGGUGGUGGCUGAGCCUGUGGAGUUAGCCCAAGAGUUCCGCAAGUUUGAUCUGAACAGCCCCUGGGAGGCUUUCCCUGCCUAUCGUCAGCCCCCUGAGAGUCUCAAGCUUGAAGCCGGAGACAAGAAGCCUGAAGCCAAGUAGUUCCAGAGAAUGCAUGUAGAUCAGAGAGCGCCUUAUCUACAGCUGAGUGUCCAUGUAAAUAAAUUCCUACUUAGACU